AUCUGAAUUUAUAACUAAGAGAUGGUUCGGAUGGUUCAGUGUGCAUAUUUCUGGAAGUGGCGUAUCUUGGCUGACAUAUUUCCUCUAAAGAGACUACAUAAAUGAAAGGGAAUUUAUUUUAUGAAUCAAUUACUCAUUAUAAUUAAAUCUUAACAAUACAAAUUUGUUCAGAACUGUUUUAGAGAAGUGAAUUUAUCGCACCACUGACUAGUAUUAAAGCUUUUUCAGUCCCUACCGCUCCUCUAGUCACUCAUCCAUAUUAUCAUUAUUACAUGGGUUCUGUGAUAUCAGACAGUGAGCUGCACGUUGUUACAUAAUAAACAAAGGGCAGCGAGUAUUAUCUUUCUAUGGCAUCCACUAAACGAAGAUAUUUGACGACGGCAUUGGCUUUAUUAGACUUUAUUAGACUUUGUGAUGAUGGAGUCUAAUAACUAAGGUUUCCAGUGAACCCCUGUAGCCACUGGGGCAUAAAAGGAGCAGAGGUCCUGGUAUUAGGAGAAGUGCUUUGCAUACUUUGUACCACGGGUACAGGUGUAUUUGUGGCGCAUUCACACCACUGAUGAUUCUGAGCGUGUGGUGGUGUCAGAGUGUGGAACCACCACUAGAAGGAGCCAUUAAUCUAAAUAUCAGAGUAAGCUGAACACUGCAUGUAGUCAGAUGAGUUGUCGCUAACUAAAUCUGAUCUAAAUUAUGUCUUAAAAUGCUUAAAGAUUUGUUAGAUUUUUUUCUGUCUGUUUUGGAUACCUUUUAAUUUUUUAUUAUCAUAAGUGUAUGAAUUUGUGCUGCUCAUGCUCGAAGACUUUUAAAUAACAACAGGACAGAGUUACUGAGGAAAGAAGUGUUUAUUAAUAAUAGUUGUGGUAGCAAUAACUGUAACAAUAGUUAUGAUAAUCAUAUAUAAUAAACCAUAUUUGUUGAAGGAAAUUGAGAGCAUACAGAAACAAUAACCAGGUAAAAAUCUAAUAAUACCUAGAACAAAACAAAAACAACAAACAAAAAAACUAUUUGAUUAAGUGAAGCUGCAAUUAGACAUCAGGAUCUCUUUGUUUGUGUAAUGUACGUAUGUAAUGUAAGAAUAAAGCAACACUGGAGCCACAAACUGACAAAUGAGACAAAACAAAGCCCACGAAUACAAACAGAAUGGAAGAAUUCAGUUUUUCUUUUAGUUUUUACUCAAUAAUCAGCAUUCAUACGAUUUUGCUUUGGGGAUCUGCAUAGGACAGGAAGGCUGCUGAGGUUUGGGGAAUGACAUGGGUUUUAAAGGUAACAGUAUACUUAAUUGCAAGCAUCAGAGCAUCCGAAUGGACCAAGUUUUGGGAAGCUCAGAUGAGCUGAAAACAACUGGAAGCAGGAAAGACUGGCUCUUCCAUCAUCACAACAAUGCUCCACAUCCAGCUGUUGCAGCCUGUAGCUUCCCACAUGUUUACGCCUUGUUUGAAGGCAGAACGUCUCGCCCACUUGUUCCUGUUUCCACACAGGCUGAUAGUGCAGCUUAUACACAUAUAUAUGUAUAUAUCAAUUAUAAAUAUUUAAAUGUUUUUCAACAUUUAUGCUUGAUGCAUAGUCUUUACGCUUGUGUCACUGAGACAGAUCUCACAGGAAAUAAACACAUCAUCAUAACCAACAAGUAAAUUAAUUUGCGUUGACUUAAAAACCAAUUUGGAAGAAAGAACUGCAUUUGUGGCCUCACUUCACACUGUUUACCAGAACUUUACUUAAAGAAAUACAAUAACUGCAAUUAUCUGUAUUACCAUUUAAGGAAAUGUACCGCUGUGGCGUGAGCUUUAAGCUGAUAAUGCAUAAUCGAUCACAUGGGAAGCGUUCAUGUGCAGCCUUUAGGUCGAGCCCACACACAAACUGUCUCUGCAGCAAGUAUACUGUGGCCUUUAUGGUGGAGGUAGGUGUGGUUUUGGCUGAACUGUAGCUGUAGUCAGGCUCUAUAGGCUAUAGACUGGGAGUGGAGGAUGGAGGGUCUGGUUGCCAGGAAGUGUCAGAUAAUAAUAGCUGCUUUUGGACUUUUAUCUGAGGUAUACACAAUACAAAGAGGAAAACACACAUACUGACUGUUUUGGUAGGAAGCGUAGGGAACAUUGAGUCUGUGUACUGUUGUAAUGGAAAAAUUUUACCUUAGUGCUGUUUCUUAUCCAACACACUCGUCAUGUGCUGGUUAGGUGCAAUACUGAACAUUCUUACACAAACAACUAAUCUCUUGUGCCCUGACGUACAUCAAGUCUAAACAUCUGAUGUUCCAUUUGACUGACUAAUAAUUUAUGAUAUAGGUUUGUCUUUUACACCCGGACUCUGGCUCCAUCCUAUCUGACUCCCCACCAGACCCAAGGCUGUUAAAGCAAAUGCAUCUUGUCUUGGAAGCUCGGUGUUCCUUCCUUUGGAUAACAAGACAUGACGAUGCAGAAGUGAGAAAGCAAACAUUCUCACUCACAGCGAGAUAAGGUGGCGCAAACAAUUCCAUUGCUGCAGAGAGACAUUCCACCAGAGCCAGAGACAGGGGUUAAAAGGCAGAAGCAACUUGAGGAUCGUGGCCUCUUUGCAUCACACCUCCGUGGUGUGUGCAUUGAUCUCCCCAGCUGGUUUUUGAAAUUGGCGUCUACGAACAGGAUCCGCGGCAGGUCGUCUGGACGGUGUGACCAGGGACGAUAGUCCUGAGGACUAGGGUCGCUCAGCCUCCGAACCUCUACAGCUGUUCUGAGUGGGAGGACUGCUCACCCGUCUGGAUCGCCUCUGACGAGAUCCAACGAACACAAAAUCCAACCUCUACUCGGCCCGGUGAGAGAGAUUCUGUUUUGUUGCGACUUAUUAAUGAAAAAAAACAACAAAAAAAAACGAUUUGAAUUUGGUUUUAAGGUAUUCGGGGUUUACUUGGCUCUGAUCAUUUGGUUUAGGGAAAGUAAGGCAAAUAACAAUUAAUUCUAAAGCAUCCCCUACUAGACUAAAACAUAAAAGAAAACAUAAUUAGGACUAGAGAUGAUAAUAUUUCUAAAACGACUAUUUGGCUGAAAACAUCCAAAAUAUAAUAAUUAGGAACAAACAAAAAAAUCAUAAUUUUUAAAUUUUAAUAUUCUGGUAAAAAAUUAAUUAGGUCAAAGUCUGCCCUGGUGGCCGAGACGGUGGUUGCUAAGGGUUGGCUCGUGGGACCGAGCUUGUUUUGUCUGUACUGAGGAUACAGACCAGUGUGCAGAUCUGAGCGCAGUCCAAAGGGAGUGGACAAGGAAAUAAAAGACGGCUUCUGAAAUACGGAGCGCGUUUGCAGGGGGAAGUGGUUUUGAGAUACGAGGGACCCGGGUCUUAGAGGGGCCUGACGGUGAGGGACCACUUCCGAGAACCCUGUCGCUGAUCUGAGUGGUUCCCUUUCUACAGAGACGUCUGUGGAAGAGAAAUUUCGAAAAAAGGUUCCGGCCGGAACACAAAAAAAGUCUAAGGCAGAAAACCGCCGGGACUCUGAAAGAUGUGUUCGGGGCGAUCUAAGUCUCCACCACCACCAGACUGCAGCAUUACAAAAGUAAAGGUAAUUAAAAGUAAAAAGUAAAUAGGGUUAUUAGUGCGUUUCAUGUUUCCACGAGUGGGAAACUGGUUAUGGGUUCAAAAAGAGAAUCACUUAGUGUAAAAGACAUAUGCACCUUUAAAAGAAAAAUUAGAUACAAAAGAUGAGAUUUGAAAAAGCAAACUAUAAAAACUACACCCCUAAAAGAAACAAAAGAGAGAUGAGAGUAACAGGAAAAAAGGAGAUAACAACUCUGGGGAAGAAUUGUUUGCACUCUGCCACACACACACACACACACACACACACAUGUCAUGUCAAGAGCAAAUGCUCCCAUUGUUUCUGCUCUCUAUUCUAAUGCAGAACUGAGCGCGAUGAGGGUAAAUCCGGAUCUGGACUCCUUUCCCACCGUCAGCAGAAGAACCGAAGGAGAAGAAGCGCCUGAUCAACAACCAGAACAGGGUGGAAGCUCUGACACCACAGCAGCUGGAGGACACAGACCACAGCAUGGACGCCUCACAGACUCCCACAACGUCUGCAGCCAUCACGUUCUGGGCUCAUCAGAUGAACCAGCUACUACAAGCGUGUGUGUCUGACACAGACACCUGCUUAUGACAAUCAGCAAAGGAAAACAAGCACAGAGCAACAGCAGAGAAGACGUGCUCUGACACAGACACUGGUUGAAACAACAGGAGAGGCUUCAAACGUGAUCGGCCCAAAAGAGCUGCAUCCAAGGAUCCAGGAAAGGUCUGUCAUCGAGGAACAACUGUCCCAUCUACGUCAGGCUUCACCCACUGGCGCUCACAUCAGACUGAUGGUUGGGGAAGGAGGAAGGUGACGGUUCCUUUUCACGUGACGUACAAGACGGUACCGCAAAAACACACACACAUUCAUACACGCAACGAAGAAACACGCUUACAGCUGAUACACGCUCAAAUUCAUGUUCAUGCUUAUCUGCUCGCAAUGAAGAAUCGCUUUCUGCUCAAAAAAAAAAUCCCACAGAGUGAUUUUUAAAUGAUGACAAACAGCUAAAUGACAACUGCUGCAUGACUUUACAGUCUGAUUGGUUUAAACUAUUUUAACUUGCAACAAAUUCAGAAUAAAAUCCUCCAUGUUUCUAAAAAGAUUUGUGCACAAUAUAGGUUUGUCUGGCCAGACUGUAGGAAAACAAAAACAAAACCAGACUAUAGGAAGACUGAAACUGACUGAAACAGACUAUUAAUGACUAUUAAAGGGUGACGACUAUUAGAGAUUAAUAAUAAUUACUGUACGUACCAGACUAUUAAAGAAAAACUUACUGUUUCACUGUCUUGUGCAACAUCUGACAGCAAGACACCUUGAGAUUUAUUUUUGCUUUCAAACUUGUGCCCAGUUAAAUUUUUAGGAAGAGAUCUCAUGUGUAGUUUAGGUAUUUGACUGAUUUCCACUCCAGACGGAGUGCAGGUGACAUCUACAGACAUUCUAAAUAAUCCCUCUUUUGUUGCUGUUAACUUCAGCUCAGCUCUGCUCUUAUCAUUGGCGGCUGAGGGGGGGCUGUAACUGAGGCCCUCAAACAGGCUGCAUCACAGCUUGUUUAUGAUUUCACACACAUACACACAAACUGACCUCAACUUCCCUCUUUUGGGAUGAACACAGGUCUGCGCUUGCGAUUUCUUCUACUAACGAACAAAAAGAUUUUGAUGUUUAUUCUACAGUUCCACACGUCCCUCUGUGAAAACAUGAUGGAGACAGAUGACAGGACGUGGGUCCUUUCGUGAACAGAUGUCAACGGGGUGGAGACUGGUGAACGACUUCCGACCCCAUGUGACAAAUUCACCUACUUUGCAUACUUUUAGAAAACUUUUUUUUUAUUCUGCCUGUCAUGCACAACAAACAGUGAACCUCCACAUUCUAAUGACACACUACAUGUUUUUAUUUUUAUUUUUCAGAGGACGCUCUGACCCAACACUUAGCCUUACAGGAAGCCCUGCUUCCCUGUGACUCACACACAUAUGAUGUAGGUUUGAUCAGAGGAUGUGAACCAGUGGUCAUCACAACUAAAUCUGACCACAGACCAUGUAAACAACAACACCCUCUUAAAGGAGCCAUAGAUGGCGUUACUGCAGACACCGCUAAGAUACUGAAACAUUGGAUGCUACAGGCCACAAAGAGCCUAUCUAAAUUACAGUUUGUUCAGACAAAAUUUAUUUUUCUGGGUCACUGUAAUUACAGCUGAUGGCAAAUCCAUCUCACCCAACAGAGUUGAAGCAAUUUGAAACCUGCCUAAACAGUGCACGUAAAAACAGCUGAUGUCUUUUCUAGGUUUUCGUUCUUAUUGUAGGAACUUCAUUCCUAACUUUAGUGUCUUUGAGGCCCCACUCAGGGUUCUGAUGCAGACGUCUUCAUCGUCCACUUCUUGUCUCACGUGGACGUCUGAGGCUGAACAACGUUCACCGACCUCAUGCUUGCUCUUCAGUCCGCUCCUACUUUGGGUCUUCCUGAUCUGACCCUACGCGACCUUUCACUCAAACAGUGGAUGAGAAAUCAGGUUGUACGACUUCUGUUCUUUUGUCCUCAAACUGUGUUUUUGAUUCUUUUGGAAUAGAUCACAUCUUUCUACAGCCCGAUGGCUUAGAUACAACACCACCUUACUCAACAUGCUGAACGUUACUAUCAAGAGUCUGUCUUAAAGUCUGGCGUCUUAAAGACACUGCUCUGCUCAGGCUGCAGAGUUGAUCGCGUUGACUGAAGCUAGUAAACUAGCAGAAGGAGAGUCUGUUACUAUCUACACAGACUCCACAGACGCUUGUCAUACGUUGGUUCUCUGUGGAAGCAUAGGAAGCUUUUGAAGUCUGAUUGCAAACCUAUCUCACAUCAUGAUUAGGUUCUGCUUUGCUGGACGCUGUACUGCUACAGUACCUACAGCUAAUGCUGUUUGGAACUGUCCCACUCACAACAUCAUUGACAACUGUGUUUCUGCCGACAUGCAGCUGCAGACGCUGCUGCGAAGGUCGCUGCCCAACAACCCCUCCCUCUCCUCAUCCUUGUUCCCUCUCCUCGUUUCCUCUCUACCCUCUCCUUCCUCUCUCCCUGUGCUUUAAACAUUUUCUACCUCACAGGAACGCAGACUCUGGCAGACGAAUGGUUCCACCUGUAGCCAUGGAGUCUGGUUUGGGCCUGAUGGCAGCCGUGCCGCCCAAACACUUUUUCCCCAUAAUUCAGAUUUCCCAACAGGUGAAAACAGGCGACAGGACCAUCACACCAUCCAACCAGGGCACUGGGCCAUCGUUAAGGAGUUGAGGGGACUCCAAACGGUGGCAAGGUCCCUUCCAGGUCCUUCUGACGACCAAGACGACUGUAAAGAUCGCAGAAAGAGUGACUUGGAUCCACUCCAUCCAGGAAGGUCCCGGAUCCAACAGACGACCCUCCAUCUACAUCUCACGAAGAAAACCACCACUAACGAAAAGAACUGAGAAGGACGACCCUCGCUGUGCUCACACACGCACUGAGGCGAGGCUGCGUUGACCGUUCAGCUAAAGGUGUGAGCCAAGCGCCGCCUGGAGCUGCGCCGGUAAAUCACACUAUCAGACCAUACAUCUACACACACGCUCCUGAGAAAACACACACACGAGCAGCCUUGAGUUGCCGACGCUGGACGACGUGUAGACUCUUCACAUCACGGAGUGACAGUGACUCAGACCACAUUGGGAGGAAACCUGGCGGUGAUAACGAAUCCCAAGUGUCUCUGUGAUCAGCUGAUCACAACCUGAAGAACUCCAACGGACAAUCAAUACUUCAACACACAGGUUGGAAACAAUCUAACGCUACUGUUCAACAGGAAGAAGCAGAUCGUUGUGAGACAUCAAUUGUAACCUUGCUGUGUUAGACUUCAUUUUAUGUUACUUGGAUUAUUGCCUUUAUCAUAUGAUGUUUCCAUGUAACUUUACACACUAUUUUUGAAUGAGAAAAUUUCACAUAAUUCACAACACUGAGUUUAAAUAUCCUAAAGUUGAUUUGGUGUUUAAUUUGCUCACAAUCACUUUAUUCACUGCUUCAAUUAGUUUUAUCCUUCAUCUACAGAUGACAGAGGUUAUGAGACAAAACGCAUCAUCAUUCUGGUUAAAAUCCCUGAAUCUCCUAUUCGCUCUAGACGCAAAUGUACAAUUAAAGAUCCGAAAGCAUGAAAUCUGUCUUAAGAAUAUAUGAAACAGAACCCCACCGGAAACCUAUGGCUAUCAUACAUUAAUUGUCUUUGUUACAUUACAGUCGAAUGGCCGUAGACACGUUGUUAGCAGAGAAAAGAGGCGUUUGUGUUAUGUUUGGAGAGGCAUGUUGUACUUACAUCCUGAAUAACACUAAUUCUAAUGGUACUGUGGCGAAGGCGCUCCACGGCCUUCAGAAUCUCGGCUAACUCUGGUAUAGGUUCUUUCCCUUGGAAUUGGCUAGACGAAAUGUCUGGAAAAUGGAAAUCUGUUCUCAUGUCCACAGCUGUUUCCUUUAUCAUUGAGAUGGCUGUGAUUCUCUUGUUUGGUUUUUGCGUUAUCCCACUGGUUAGAGGUCUCAUCAUGCGUGCGACCUCAGCAACACUCUCGUAUCAAAUGACACAAUGCACUAUGUUCAAAAAUCCCAACUCUAAUUCACUUAAUGACUUUGACGAUGGUCUUAGGCUAUCUGAUCACGAAAUAUAAUCUGAUACAAAUAUGCUAAUGGAGUUAUUUUCUUCACAUGCCAAUACAGCGGUUAUUCUUGUAUAACUACCCACCAAAACAGCUCCCAACCUUUUGUCCUUAAGUUACCUGCAUUUUAUGUGAAGGUGUAUUUUGAAUCUUGAUGAGUUAAUACCCUUAUUGUUUCAUUUGCAAGGAUCUUUUAUUAUUACAGAAUGUGAUGUUGACAAUUUUUAUUCUUUUAGUGGUUGAUUAAUGUGUAAUCAAAAGGGGGGAGUGUUAUGGGAAAAAUUGUCUCUUCCUUAUUUCUAUGUCUCUUCCUUACUUCUAUGCAGUUAUUAUAUGAUUUAUGACUUAUGUUCUGCAAUUAAUAUCUUAUGUUUUGUCUUACUGUAUGCAUUUGACAUUUCACCUACAUUGUUCAAUGGUUGUCUCUGCCUGAUAGACUCUCAACUCUAGCUCCCAAACCCAAGGUCAGGGAGUUGUGUCUCUCUCUGUUGAGACUGUGCUCCUUUCUCACAGAUAGUUGGACGUCAGCAAUGCAGGUGUGAGAAUGUAAAUAUCUUCACACACACUGCGACAGGGAGGAGAUGGUGCAUGUCAUUUGAUUGGGUUAGAAAGACAUUCCACCCUAGUCGGACAGAGAAGCUAAAAGGCAGAAGCAACUUGAGGAUCGUGGGCUCUUUGCAUCACACCUUCGUGGUGUGUGCACUGAUCUUCCCAGCUGGUUUUUGGUUUGUUGAUGUGCACGAUCAACAUCCAUGCUUUUAUUUGCUUUCCCCAUUAUUUUUAUUUUCUUUAUUAUUUCAAUAAAUCGCACAAAAGGACAACUCUCUCUCAUCUGCUUCUUUAUGGAAAAUUUCCGCCACACUAGCAAGCCAGCAAAAUACGGCCUCAAGUUUUGGGUGGCGUGCGACGCCAAGUCCAGCUACGCUUAGAAGAUGCAGCUUUACACCGGCAAGCCAGGAGGAGGAAGAGGAGGAGGAGGAGGAGGAGGAGGAGGAGGAGCAGGAGGAGAAAAGAGAGCUUCUGAAAAAAAGCAGGGCCAGCGGGUCGUGCUGGACGUCACAGAAGGGCUCGCCGGGCCUUGCAACGUGACGUGUGACAACUUUUUCACUUCCUACGAACUGGGCCAGCGGCUCCUGCGCAGGGAGCUCACCAUGCUCGGUACGGUUCGCAAGAACAAGCCGGAAUUGCCACCGGCGCUCCUCUCGGUCAAGGGCAGGAGCGCCUUCUCCUCCGUGUUCGCCUUCACUCCCAGCACCGUCCUGGUGUCCUACGUGCCCAAGAAAAACAAAAACGUGAUCCUGAUGAGCACGCUACACUCGGCCGCCACGGCCGCCAACGAUGUCCUCCUCGUCGACGCAGGACGGCGGGACAAAAAGCCCUUUGCCGUCCUAGACUACAACGCCACCAAGGGAGGCGUAGACAACCUGGACAAGGUGAUAGGAACCUACAGCUGCAGGAGAAAGACGGCGCGCUGGCCCGUGGUGUUUCACAACGUCCUAGACGUGUCUUGCUACAACGCUUUCGUCGUGUGGCGGGAGGCCCACCCGGACUGGAUGCCCGGCAACCGCAGCAAGAGGAGGGUGUUUCUAGAGCAGCUGGGCAAGGCGCUCGUGACUCCUCUCAUCCGCAGAAGGCGCCAUCCGCCUCGCGGCGAAGCGUCCGCCUCUCUCGUGCGGACGCUUCAGAAGGGGGUUCGGGACCCCCGUGCGGGUCCUCCUCCCGCUCCCUGUCCUGCUCUUCCGGACUCGGGGCAGCAGCAGCGGCAGCGGCAGCGGCAGCGGCAGCGGCAGCAGCAGCGGCAGCAGCGGCAGCAGCGGCAGCAGUGGCAGCGGCAGGAGCAGGCCCUCACCGCAGACCUCGUCUGGGGUGAAGAUGGGGACGAUGAGGGUGACGGAGGAGAACACGAUGCCCUCGUUCCGCCGCUAGCGACCGGGCGCAAAAGGGCAAGAGGAAAAGGUGUCAAAUUUGUCCGUACGCGAGGGACCGCAAAACAAACAACGUUUGCCAUCGGUGCGAGAGAUACAUCUGCCACAGACAUUUGCUCGUCUGCUGUUCAGACUGCGCCCCUCGCUCCUGAAGAUAAUUUGUUUGUUCAUUAGAAAAUGAAAUAAUAAUAAUAAUAAUAAUAAUAAUAAUAAUAAUAAUAAUCAUAAUCAUAAUACUAAUAAUAUUCCGUGUGUUUUAUACUAUUGUUGAUGUUUUUGUUGUUGUCAGUGUAGUAACACUAUAUACAAACAAAGUGUAAUAUGUAAAAGAAAAAUAAUUAAUAAAAUAAAG